GUAUGCCGCUGAGAACCUUUUCGCCCCACAGGUGUUGUACGGUGUACGUGCACCACACGACGCGUUCCGGCGGCCUGCUCACCUGUUCAGCCCACUGAGCAUGAGAUAGUGGAUCCACGGCGACGCCCCGUGCCCCAAACAAGAAAGACUGGUUAUGUUCCACAGCUCACACAGACCCUUAGGGCUGUGCAGGUGAGAGUUAGGUGCUGCUGUGUUGCACACAGCUAGCUCGCUUCAAAACACCAGCCGAUAGACGGACUAAACAUGAGGGACACACGGAUCUUCGGUGCGACCUUUGGGGCUGUUGUUUUUGUUGUGUUCGUGGAGUUGGCAGCGGGACAAGGUAACCUGACAGCGGCCCCCACGGGAGGGCUGGCGGGGACCGUCACAACUCUGCAGCCCGGCAGCCAGGGGAACGUGUCCGCCAUGUCUACAGCAGGCCUGGCCUCCAAUAAUGUGUCCACAAAGGCAACCACCAAAUCUCCAACAUCGCCCAGUAACGCUACAGCCCCGGUCGCCCUGGUCCCGGACGGAGUGUCCAUCCCCAUCCUGGUGGUGGUCGUCCUGUUCCUGGUCUUCUGCUUCGUGGGGGGUACCGUGGCGUGGUGGCUGGCCAGACGGAGGUACUACCGCCAGCUCUCCCAGAAACCUGAUGCGAAGUACGACAACAAGAGGUUCCCAGGCACGCCGACCGCCAGCAUCGAGGAGCCGCAGGAGGAGGAAAUCGUCCGAGCUCUCAACGAGGGGACCGCGCUCUUUACCGGCGGGGGGUCGGCCUCGUUUGGAUUUCAAGGACAGAAGGAAAACUCACCUGUCAGUAGAAAAAACAUGAAUCUCAUCGGCUCUGGGAGAAAAAAGGGGUUUGGAGAGGAGCAGGACAAUGAACAAUAUGGAGAUCCCACCAUGUACUUCCAACAGGUCUUCCCUCCUCAGAGACCAGACAAGGAUCAGAUGUCCCAGUUUGCCGGUCUCUAUGGUAACCAAGGCCUUGGUGGCAUGGGGGCGUUAGGCAUGCAGGUGGGGCCACGAGGGGUGGCCAACCCCCAACAACAGUUCAACAGGAGCAUGUCCAACUCUGGGGUCAGCAACAUGCCCCCUGUACCUGCAGGCAUGCCCCCUUCCUCUCCUAGCAGAGGGCUGUUGUCCAUGGGUCCCCGUGGCAUGGUGAACCAGACACAGGGCAUGCAGGGUCUCAACAUUCCCAAUAGGAACAACAAGAUGCCAUCUGGGCUGGCCAGUCCGAAUAGUCGCAGCUCGCCCAUUCUUAACCUACAGCCGCAAGCACCCGGGAAUCCCACGUCACUAGGAGCUCUAGCAGGUCUGGGUCUCAGUAGAAACCAACCGUUCAGCAGUCAGGGUCUAUUGGGAAGUAUGGGAUCUGUGGGGAGUGGGUCAGGCUUCAGUAGUGCAGAUUUCCCUGCUCUGAGUGAUCGGAGGGGGAGCGAAAGUGGUUCCAAUACUGUGGGUUCCAACAUGCCUGGGAGAGCAUAUGCUGGUAUGGUGGCCAAACCCCCAAGUGAACCCCAGCAGGAGUUCACCAUCCAUAAUGAAGACUUUCCAGCAUUACCAGGGACACAAAACCAAGAAAAUAACAGAGAUGAGAAUGCAAACAAAACACCCACAAGUACGGCAGUAUCAUCAGCAGGAGCUCUCUCUCUUCCACCCCAAGGUAUGGCAGACUUCAGCUGGAUUAAGUCGGACUCACCAGGAUUUAAACAGUUCAAAGGGACAGGGUCAGAUCCGGCCAAGUUCCCAGUAGACAAGUCCCAGAAGAGAGGCAUUCAAACAUUACCUGACGGUACAGUAAGAAACAUCCCAGCAGGCAUGGUAACGGACCAGUUUGGUAUGGUAGGGCUCCUCACCUUCAUACGGGCGGCGGAGACAGACCCCAACAUGGUGGCGCUCGCACUCGGGAGCGACCUCACCACGCUAGGGCUCAACCUCAACUCUCCUGAGAACUUGUAUAAUAACUUUGGUGGGCCGUGGGCGGACCACCCGUGCAGAGCACAAGAUAUAGAUAUUCCACUGCACACAUUUCCAGACUUCCACGUGCCGUCAGAAUACCUGACCAACAUCCACAUCAGGCACAAGUUGGCGCCCAUCAAGCUGAACCGGUACGGGGAGGACCUGCUGUUCUUCAUGUUCUACACAGCAACGCAGGACGUGCUGCAGUUAGCUGCCGCUGCUGAGUUGUACAACCGAGACUGGAGGUACCACAAGGAGGAGAGAGUGUGGAUCACGAGAGCGCCGGGGAUGGAGCCUCACGUCAAAACCAACACGUACGAGAGGGGGACGUACUACUUCUUCGACGCCCAGGGGUGGAGAAAGGUGGCCAAGGAGUUCCAUUUAGACUACGACAAGUUGGAAGACCGGCCUCAUCUGCCUGCGACGUUGCACCACAACCCAGCCGCCCUCGCAUGAUGUCAAAAGGGACAUCCGUCUCAGACAUCAGCCCUAACAUGCUUGUCUUAAAAGGACUCUUUGAACCUUCUCUUUACUGCCUAUCCACGUAACUAAGAGAGAAUUGGUAGCUACUUCAAAGGUUUAAAGACUUGAUGUUUGGGCUGAGUCUGAGACUCUAGAAUAGAUGUCAGGAUAUAUCAAUGUGUGAAGGAACAGUGAUGAUGUCUCAGUGAACAUUAGUGUGUCAGUGCUUUAUUAGAAGUAACCCUCUAUAUAGGCUACUGACCAUCAUGGCCAGUAUCCUUGUCAAUAUUGUCUAAUACUUCCACUUAUGCCAUUGUCAAAUGGACAAGACUGUUCCUUUCUCAGAAACCGUGUUGUAGUUUGGGUCUUAUUUACUUUAAUUGGUCAUGUUUGCUUGUGGAAAUUUUUGGUCUCGUUUCUCAAUGGUCGCAUUCUCAGUGACCACAUGCCCCUAUACUGUGCUGCUAGUGUUCACUGAGACAGAUCUGUGUGUAUAUAUAGAGGUAGAUUUUGGCAACAUCCAACAUGGCAGGGUAGAUCAGCUGGAGGUGGAAAGAGCAAAAGGGCAACUAUGAACAUGCACAGACACCUAAAUGUAUGGGAGUUCUCCAUGUGAGCUCCUGCAAGGGCAAUGUGUUGUUCCCAAAGAUGGAAAUGUUCAGACCUACAGAUUCCUCAGUAUAGUGUACCAAGGCUGGUUGUAGAUUUACUGUCAAACCCACCAAACCAAACCAGACAACCAGCCAUUCAAUAUUGUGACCAGAAGACAAGAUAUGUAAGAAGCUUGGAGUUGUUGUGUCUUCAAGUUUGUCUACAUGGUUGAAGGAUCCUAAAAAGGAGUUAGUGUACCUCUUUAGGAUACUACAAGCUAACAAUGUGUACAAUGCCAAUGUACAGAGUUGAGUCGUAACCCUGCCUAGGUAGGGGAGACGUGACAUUUGUAAACAAUGCACUUUAGCCGUGCCUUGUGGAGACGUUUUUAACCAGAGCACAGGGGCCACGCAAGCCAGAACAUUGAUGUGAAUAUCCUGUACAUCAGUGAGUUUAUCAAAGUCAGAUAUGAAUUGUGAUGGCUUGUGUGGGUGCUGUGCUCUCAGGACCAGCGGAUGGGCUACCCCUAUGUGGGUAAAGGAGUGAGGCUGUGAGACCUGCUAUGUCAGUAAUAAAACCCUUCUCAAAAUA